GAGCGCGGCCGGGCGGGAAGUGACGCAGCCGCAGCACAGGCUGCGAGCCGCGGCGGAGGAGCGGGGCAGAUGCGGUCCUGACACCAGCCCGUGGCACAGCCCACCAGCACCGGGGACAAAUACAUACAUCUUACAUCCAACAUGUUUCACUACCAUUAUGUUACGCAGCAGCAGCUUGCGGGCUUCGACAAUUACAAGUACAGUGCAGUGGACACCAACCCGCUUUCAGUGUAUGUCAUGCAGCAUCUGUGGAACAAGCUGGUCAAGGCAGUGCCUCUGUGGGUCGCUCCCAACCUAUUAACAUUCAGCGGAUUCCUGCUCAUUUUAAUGAACUACCUCCUGUUGUCCUUCUAUGACUGGGAUUACAUGGCCUCAGGUAACAGCUCCCAGCAUGUCCCAAACUGGGUUUGGACUGUGUCCGGCCUGGCCACGUUCUCGGCAUAUGCCCUGGACUCCAUUGACGGGAAGCACGCUCGCCGCACGCAGUCCUCCAGCCCUCUAGGGGAGCUCUUUGACCAUGGUCUGGACAGCUGGGCCACCUCCAUUUUCAGCUUGUCAUUCUUCUCAGUGUUCGGCUUGUGCAAGGCCAGGGCUGUCUCAGCCUACACCCUCUACUGCAUCCUGUGCAUCGUCCUGGUCACAUUUGUGCUCUCUCACUGGGAGAAGUACAACACUGGAGUCCUGUUCCUGCCCUGGGGAUAUGACUUCAGUCAAGUGACCAUGACAGCGGUGUAUCUGCUGACGGCAGUAUUGGGAGUCGAAGUCUGGUAUCAGCCCGUGGCCUUCGGUUAUUUCUUUACGGAUAUUCUAAUCGCCGUGGCGAUCGGGUGCAUUGCCUUCCUGUCCCUGCCGCAGACUCUCUACAACAUUUACAAGGGGCACCGCGAUGGAACCCUGCAGAGGAGCUCCCUGUACGAAGGCCUCCUCCCGCUUCUCUCUCCCUGCCUCCUGUUCGCCUUGCUCACCACCUGGGCCCUCUCCUCGCCCAGUGACGUGCUGGCACAGCACCCCCGCACCUUCCUGUGGAUGACGGGCGUGGCCUUUUCCAACGUGUCUUGCAGGCUGAUCAUCUGCCAGAUGACUAACACCCGGUCUGAAGCUCUGCACUGGCUGCUCCUGCCUCUGGCUGUCAUGGUGGGGGCCAUCCUCUCCGGGCUCCUGGCCAACGGCGAGUUCCUGGGGCUCCUGGCCUUUAGCACCCUGGUGACGCUGGCACACCUGCACUACGGGCUCUGUGUGGGAAAACAGCUGAGUGACCAUCUGAAUAUUUACAUAUUCUCCCUGGACAAGAAGCACCAGCAGUAGCGCAGGACCCCGUGCCGCUGACUGUCCAGACUGGACCUGUCCAACGGUGCAGCCGAGGAGCCAAUCAGAGGAGACAAUCAGAGGCAGAGACACGCACUGCCCGAGAAAAGCAUUAGAGCCCCUCUCAGGUAACCAAUCAGGAGGAGGGAUAGCUGCAGAAAUGCCCUCUGGGAAUUAUGUGAUGUAAUAUCAUACUGGCAGCAAAUCUGGCAUUACAGGUGGACCUGUGGUUAAGGGCCAUGGCACACGGUCACAUGGUCAUGGAGCAAAGGUCGCAACCAUAGCAACCCAAGAAAUUCCAAGAAAAGUCUCCUUUUAAGGGUGUGGGGGGAAAAAAAACUGCUUCAUUUUAAUUCACCACAAUACUAUGCUGUGGAAUCAUGAUAGUUUAAAGGUUUCUACUGUUUGCUGUGUAUGAACUGGACUGUAAUAGAAUGUGUUUGAGUGUAGACUGAAAUUGUGCAGAUUGGUGUAUUACUUUAAAGACAACAUAUUUAAUCCUAGCAGACAGUGUUUGCAUACAGUUUUCCCAAAAUUCUCCUGUAGUCAACAUGAAAAUGGGUCAUAUUAACGAGAAUUUGAACUUGAAUUUGAUUUUUUUACGUAUUCCAUUCUCAUAUGACAAGCUUUGAAGUUUUAAGAUGUACUCUGCAAAACAAAAAAGGUAUAAGAACAUAUAGGCGUUGGAAGUGAUUUGUUUUUCUCCAGUAUCAUAUUUUCUCAUAGGAAGAAAUUACUGACAAUUUAAUAAUGCAAACUGUUAGCAAUGAAGGGAUAAAGUAUGGAAACAUGACCUACAAUAGUGAACAGGGGUUUUCAUCAACCCUGGUGCAGUUUAUUGCCCUUUGCAGAAAUGCAAGUGCAGCUUGGUAUUCCAGCCUCACGGAACACAAGGGGUAGCAGGGACCCCCGCAGGAGGGUGGACCAUUUUGACAGGGACACUCUACACUGCAUUUCUACACGUCAUACGGUUUCCAGAGGUCUGUGGCUGGCCCAGCAGUUACAGGUUUAGCCCAGAACCUGACUAUGCUUCUUAGCUUGUUUUGUUAGGCAUUAAUCUCAUGAAAAUCUGUAAAUAUGUCAGCGUCACUGAGCGUCUCUGAAACGCAGUGCUGACCUCACUGCGGAUGCUUUUAAUCUUUGUCAGGAUGAAUCCUUGUGUUUUUUAUAUAAUGAUUCUUGCAGCUUUGUCUCUUAAAUGGAUAGAAAAGUACUACUUUUCCUUUUUAAGGGGGUUAGGGAGGCACUGUGCCAUGAUACAUAAACACCCAAAGGGAGAUCAGUAUAGCAGACUGCUCCCUCUGGAACAAAAUGCAGUGCAUUUUACUCUACACUAAUACCUCUGGAUCAGAGAACAAGGACACUGGAUGCUCGCAAGCUUCCAGCUUUUCGAAAAUGUUGGAAUCGCAUCGCCAGUGAUUCUUGCUUUAUUCUGUUGAUGACAUCAAAGCACUGGAUGUGAACUGGGACAGUUUCUUAUAAUAUACUAACGAAUGAGAUGCUCUGAAUGGAAUAAAUCAAAGCACAUUGUUCUAAAUGUUGAAUGAUUCUGAAUGUAUCGAAGGUUUAAUGAUGCAUAAUGUUAGUUCUUAAAAAAUGAAUCAUAUUAAAGUAUUUAUUGUUAGAUUUUGUUUUAGACCAGUUUGGAUAUAGUAUGCAUAUAAACUUUCUCAUGUUUUAAUGUAUGCACUAUUUGUUCCUAGUAUGUCUCACUUUUUGGAUCCAUAAAUACCUAAUGGUAAAUUUGUAUAAAUAUUGCAUUUCUAAAGAGUUGCCAUUUUCUUGAGUCAAAUUUUAUUUGUAGGGUGAUUUGUGCAACUCCCCUGCAUGUGGUUAUUCCUGGAAAAACAACUCUGUGUAAAAGAGCAAAACUUCAGACUUCAGGUUGUGGUCAGCAGAUGAUCACUGCAGUUCCUGCUAGGAGCUGGACAUCAGGAAGCCGUUUCAUGUUUGGACUUUAGAUGUUAAAUUAAUUACAGAAGUUUCUUUGCUCGGAAUACAAAAUAAAAAUUUAGAUUUGUGUUAAUGGAGAAUGAAGCUCAAUAAAUUAAUGAGAAUUGAGGUUUGGUGACUGUACUGCUUAUUUGGACAGUUCCGUUGUGAGUCGAUUCCUGCCCCACAGUCUGAGUGUGGAGUUUGCAUGAUCUCUUCGUGUUCGUCUGGCUUUUCUUCACAGUCUAGAUCAGUGUUCCCCAGCCCAAGACAGUCCAUGUUUUUGCUCCCAUCCAGUUCCCGGUAGCAAAAAUGUAGACUGUCCGGGGGUGUGCGAGGCCUGGGUUGAGAAACACUGGUCUGGAUAGAUAGAAAGAUACACUUGAAAAGCAGAUGCUUGGCUUGUAUACUUAAAGAUUAGAUUCUGUAACAUUUUAAUAAUUCCAAUAACUUAUAAAAUCAGCAUGAGAAAAUGGACACGUUGCAUUUGUAAGUCCAUGCCUUAAUCCCCCUGUAAUUGUUUAUUGAAUAAACAAAGUUUCCAGUGUAA